GCUCGAGAAGUCCGCGGUCAGGGAACGAGGCAAAUGAUGAAGCCUCGGGUUCGGACUCCGAUGGAGGUAAAACCCUUCCUACUUCGCGAAUGUGGUCUCCCACUUUAUUAAAACACAGGCCCAAUAGACUAGUCUCGUGCCCACAGGAUAGAUAUCACUUCUAUAUAUGGAGUUGGGUAGAUGACUGUGUCCAUAGGUUUGAUAGUGGGCUCGGGAAAUACGACACUAUGUAUACCACAGACGAGAUGUGGAAUGGGAUAGCUGUGCAGUAUGGGACCAAUGACUAUAGGGACCUUUCGAGGUUAUCACCAACUUAUAGGGAAGGCCCUCCCCCCGCCUCUUCUGAAGACGGGGGAAUUUCAUGGUCCCCAAGCUCGAUCUCGGGGGAAAGUUCCAGCAACAUGGACUCCGACCUCGACGCCCUCAUCGACAAUGCGGGUGCCAAGAGGAGCAAGCGCCCCAGGGCAAGGGGACUGACAACCAGUCAGCCUGGGAAAAGCUCCAAGAGAUCCAGGAAAACGCCUCCUCCUCCCCCGCCGGCUUCGAGCUCUGCUGCUGCGUCGACUGGCCAAACUAACGUCCCCAUGACGAUACCACCCUCGCAGGCCGUCGUCCCUGUGGUGGCGCCGGCCUCGCAGACUGAUAUCGCUGCCGUGGUUGAAUCCCAACCUCCUGUGGCGGUAUUGUGCUUUCUUGCUGGGCUUUGA